AUGGCCAGCGCUGCCACUACCCCUUCUAGUGAUGGCGAUGGCGGCAUCUCGUUGAAUACUUUGAAGCAGCGUGUACUUCGAGUCCCACCCACCAUAAAGACAUUAGACUCUUGGCAACAGCAGCUACCCGAGACCCUCACUAUUCCAAACCCCUUCAGUAGCUAUGUCAAGGCUGAGAUCUUAAGUAUUGAGAACGAACCAAAUCUCCCAAGAUGGUUUCAGCGGCAAAAGACUGUAUUGGAGCUUGCUUAUCACAACGCGUGUACGCUGUCAUUGCGAGACUUUCUGUGCCACCCUCUGACCAGCCGAGAAAAUGCCCCCGGCGACGGGGAUGAAGAGUCAGCGAUGAUCCUAUCGUGUGAUUCAGGAAUGCAUUACUAG